CCUGCGCUCCGCCGCGGUCGUCGCGGCGCGUGAGCCUGCCGCCCGAGGAAGCCCAUUGGCUGCUGGGUGGAGCCGAACCUUCCUCGCGGUGGACGCACGUGCUGGGGCCGGAGCGGCGAUCGCAGCCAUGGCGUCGUUACUUUGGGGAGGCGACCCGGGGGCGGCGGAGAGCGAGCGGCUGAACAGCCACUUUUCAAACCUCAUCCACCCCCGGAAGAACCUUCGGGGUAUUAAGAAUACUAACGUCCCAAACCUAGAUGGUUCUAUUAAUAACACGGACGACGAUGAAGAUGUAGUGGAUUUGGCAGCUAAUUCACUCUUAAACAAGUUAAUCCGACAAUCCUUAGUAGAAUCCAGUCACCUAGUUGAAGUCUUGCAAAAGGAUCCCAGCUCUCCACUCUACUCAGUGAAAACAUUUGAAGAGCUGCGGCUAAAGGAAGAGUUACUGAAAGGGAUAUAUGCAAUGGGAUUUAAUAGACCAUCCAAAAUCCAAGAAAUGGCUCUCCCUAUGAUGCUGGCACAUCCACCCCAGAACCUCAUAGCCCAGAGCCAGUCCGGAACAGGAAAAACAGCUGCUUUCGUCUUGGCAAUGCUAAGCAGAGUUAACGCCUUGGAAUUGUUCCCACAGUGCCUCUGCCUGGCUCCUACUUAUGAAUUGGCUCUGCAGACCGGCCGUGUGGUUGAACGGAUGGGGAAGUUCUGUGUGGAUGUUCAAGUGAUGUACGCCAUUCGAGGGAAUCAAAUUUCCAGGGGCACCAACAUCACCAAACAAAUUAUAAUUGGCACUCCUGGGACUGUCCUAGAUUGGUGUUUCAAGCGAAAAUUAAUUGAUUUGACUAAGAUUCGUGUGUUUGUCCUGGAUGAAGCAGAUGUGAUGAUUGACACACAAGGAUUCUCAGAUCAAAGCUUUCGUAUUCAGAGAGCUUUACCCUCCGAGUGCCAGAUGCUCCUCUUCUCAGCGACCUUUGAGGACUCCGUGUGGCAGUUUGCGGAGCGAAUCAUUCCUGACCCCAACAUUAUCAAGUUACGAAAAGAGGAGCUGACCCUGAACAACAUCCGACAGUAUUACGUGCUGUGCGGGGACAGGAAGAAUAAGUACCAGGCUCUGUGCAACAUUUACGGCGGCAUCACUAUUGGCCAGGCCAUCAUCUUCUGCCAGACUCGUCGAAAUGCGAAGUGGUUGACUGUGGAGAUGAUGCAGGACGGCCACCAAGUGUCUUUGUUAAGUGGAGAGCUGACUGUGGAUCAGCGAGCUUCCAUCAUUCAGAGGUUUCGGGAUGGGAAAGAGAAAGUUCUUAUAACAACCAAUGUCUGUGCUCGAGGGAUUGAUGUGAAGCAGGUCACAGUCGUUGUGAACUUUGAUCUCCCCGUGAACCAGUUGGGAGAGCCCAACUAUGAGACCUACCUCCACCGCAUAGGGCGGACAGGGCGCUUUGGGAAAAAAGGCCUCGCCUUCAACAUGAUCGAAGUGGAUAAGCUGCCCCUGCUGAUGAAGAUCCAGGAUCACUUUAACAGCAGCAUCAAGCAACUCAACCCUGAAGACAUGGAUGAAAUUGAAAAGAUUGAAUAUUGAAGAAAACUAUCAUUUACGAAAUUUCCUAGUUUAUGUGAGAAUGUCCCAGUGGGGUUUAAAGGUAGUUUUUUAUGUUGAGGUUUUUUUCAAUGUGAAAUUGUUACAUACGGCAAAAUAAAUGCCAUGGUAGCCUUAGUUUUAAGACCUGAGGUCUUUUUAAAACCAUAUUGUUGUGAAGCACAUGAUCCUUUUGAAUAAAAAAGCAACAUGACUUCCUGGUCUAA